AUGGGUGCCUGGAGACCUCAUUCAGCUUACGCAGUCCUCGUAGCGAGGGCGUGGUCGAUCCACCCUGCCUGGUACGACAAAUUUCCUAUCCCGAGAGCGGCUUCUCGAACUUCUUCCGAGCGCAGUGCUACGGCAGUGAACGGUACGCAUGUGUACGUUGCAAAUUGCGGAGAUAGUGCGGUCUCGUCGACAUACGUCCGCGGAAAACACCUGGCUGGCGAUGCUCAGCACUCAUUGCAGGGCUCGCCUCUGUUCAACAUAUGCUUCUCUAGAGCGCCAUCACGCUGCGAUCUACAAAAACAGAGGACGUACGCUAUUACAUGCGUGCCCCUCGAUACCCGACGGACCAUUCAGCGAGCGGUGGCCCAGUGCCUUCCCGAUGCGCCCAUGGGCACGGCGAGGACAAAUUCUGAACCCUUUGUCUGGUUGGAAUUUGUUGAUGAGAACAUAUCAUUACAUCCAUGGACGGAGCUUAUUGUGCAGUAG